CAGAAUCACUGUUUCGAAAAUCGAACCCUCUCUCUCUCUCUCCAACUCCAUUUUCAUAAACCAAAUCCAAAUUCCAAGGGUUUUUCAAAAAUCUCUCCCUCUCUACAAUAAGUUCGUGAGCUGGGUUUAAAUUUCAAAUUUUUCUCACCAAUCGAUUCUCUUUCUUCUUCAUCCUCUCCACUUUUCCAUCUCUGAGCCCACGCCGAAGCUCCAUCAUACCCCAUCAAUGGCGUCUUUCAAAUAGAGCCGUGACAAUCGCCAAUGCUUAUCCCCUUUCCAUGCGCGAAUGCCACUUCUUUCUUCGUCUCUCACAAAAGGGUUUCAUAAAAGCCCUCCCUUUUUCCGAUCUAUUGAUGGGUUUUUUAUUAUCCGUGAGAGAGAAUCUUCUCCAAGAGUAAAAUUCUUUUGAAAUUUCUGGCGUCACGAUGGUUGCCGAAGCUUGGAUUGUGAAAAUGGGUUAUCAGGUGAGUGCCAAUCUCAAGCACGCCCUGCUUCUAGAACCUUCCACCAAAAAGAACUCUAAGAGCUCUGUCACUAAGCGCACAAUCGGUAUUCUCUCCUUCGAAGUAGCAAAUGUCAUGUCUAAAACCUUACACCUUCAUCGUUCCCUGUCCGAAUCCGAGAUUUCCAAGCUUAAAGGCGAGAUUUUUCGUUCGGAAGGGAUCAGAAAUCUGGUCUCCUCCGACGGAAACCGCCUAUUCGAACUCGCCCGCGCCGAGAAACUCGACGACCUGGACAGUGUCGCGAGUGUGGUCUCUAGGUUAGGGAAGAAGUGUACGGAACCGGCUUUGCAGGGAUUCGAGCAUGUGUAUGACGAUAUAGUGAAUGGGGUUAUCGAUGUUAGGAGAUUAGGGUUCUUGGUGAAAGAUAUGGAGAGUAUGGUGAGGAAGAUGGAGAGAUAUAUCAAUGCUACUUCUGGGUUGUACCGUGAGAUGGAAGUUAUGAAUGAGCUUGAACAGGCCACGAAGAAGUUCCGGCACAGUCAAAGCCAGGAGAGCCGUAAAGCUUUCGAGCAGAAGCUGAUAUGGCAGAGACAGGACGUGAGGCAUUUCCAUGAGAUCUCGCUCUGGAACCAGACAUACGACAAGGUCGUGGAGAUGCUGGCGAGGACUGUCUGCACGAUCUUGGCUAGGAUUUUCGUCGUUUUUGGGAAUUCAUCGACGACAGCUGGUGCUGGCUUUGUCAAGGAAGGUUGUUUCCCUUCAAAGGUAAUAGCUUUGGAACAGAUUGAUAGAAGCUGUGAUGUCGGUUUUGUUUCGGGGGCAUUGAAGAGAGUUCAUAGCAAUGGAGUUAAGUCUGAUCCAGUGAAGAGAACUGCGUCUAGUUUUAAGCAUAAGAUAGAUCCACAGAGAGGUGAAUUGGAUCAGUUUUCUCGUGCAGGUGAUUUCAAUUUCCCUUGUGGGACUAAUCCAGGGAGGUUGUUCAUGGAUUGUCUCACCUUGAGCAGCUCGGUUUCUAGGAUAGAUGACAAUGAUGAUGAUGAUGAUCAUGAUCGUGAUCAAUCCUCUGGAUUGAAGAAAGAUCUUUCCGAUGAUUCUUAUUUCAGUCAGAUCCAUAUUACCGCAUCUCAAACUUGUCGAACCAGCAAGUCUGGUCGGAAAAGCAGGCUAAUGUUGCAAGCUCCGCCUUGCUCCAUUGGUGGAUCUGCCCUGUCUCUGCACUACGCAAACGUAAUAAUCAUCAUAGAGAAGCUUCUCGAGUACCCUCGUCUAGUAGGCGAGGAAGCAAGGGAUGAUCUUUACCAGAUGCUACCGACAAGUCUGAGAGCUUCUCUCAAGAAAAACCUCAAGUCCCACUUCAAGAACGUGUCGAUAUACGACGCCCAUCUCGCCCACGAUUGGAAGGAAACACUAGACGGGAUCCUCGGGCGGAUUUCCCCGCUCGCCCACAACAUGAUCCGGUGGCAGAGCGAGCGAAACUUCGAGCAGCAAGAACAGCAGAUAGUGGAGAAGAGAAGUAACGUUCUUCUCAUUCAGACAUUGUACUUCGCUGAUAGAGACAAGACAGAAGCAGAGAUCUGCAAGCUUCUUGUCGGGUUAAACUACAUUUGCCACUACGAGCAGCAGCAGAAUGCUUUGUUGGAUUGCACCAGCAGCUUCGAUUUACAUGGAGAGUUCUAGACGGGAGUGGAAAUCGAAGACGAUACAUAGUUGAGACAGCGGGCAAUGAGCAGCCGAAGGGAGCAUCGGAGUUCAAGAACA